CAUAUGCUAUCCCCAACUUUAAUUGAUGUUUAGUUUUGCUUUAAAACGUUUGAAAAAAAAAAAAUGCUUGCUCUAUAUCUACAGGGGUAAAACAAUGAACAAGACAACAAGAGACUGUAGUUUCUAUAGGGACUAAGACUCUCGAUACAUUGCUCGCUUUAAUUUACUUUUGAGUGACUUGUAGUCAGUGUGUUCUUUCCGUCUCAGUCUUCAGGAACCUGCCCCAUUUUUCAUUGUUUCUUUGUAAGUUCAAGAGUUUUUAUUUUGUUUCCUUACUAUCGGCUUCGUCAACAGAUUUUACAGACGCUUACUAGAGAGGUGAAACGAUGGAGAAAACUGAAGAAAAAUUAGUAGCUGGUAGAAGCUUGGUAGAUUUGGUGUUCUCUUGGUCUAUCGGGGAUGUACUCAACAAAGAUCUUUACAGAAACCAGGUGAAGAAGAUACCAGAGACGUUCAUGUCAACAACACAUUACAUGAAGUCAUUCAUUCCCGCACUAAUCGAGGAAACUCGUGCAGACUUAUGCUCAAACAUGAUAAUGAUCUCCCAAGCACCUACAAGAGAAAUCUUUUCAGUGGGAAUGGAUAAAAAGAAUAAGCCUCCGGGAGACUUGUUUUAUAACAUCUGGUUUCAAAAAAUGAGAAACAAAGCCAAUGGGAAAGAAAUAUAUGAGCCUGACGUUGGAGAUCUCCUUGCUUUGACAGAUGUAAGACCGAAAGACAUUGAUGACUUGAACAGGCCUGGGUUUAACUAUCUUCUUGCAUAUGUUCAUAGGCUAUCUGAAUGGCAAGAUGACGACGAUAAAUAUGUAAUUUUGUCAACUCUCACAUCCAAACCCAUUCAAUUUGAAAUAGAAGACCAGGAAAAUAAAAAGGAGUCUAUCAUUGCUGGAAAAGGAAGGCGAAAGACCAUGAAAGCUAAUGUCUUUGUUGUUUACCUAGUGAACAUGAUGACAAAUAUUCGUAUAUGGAGAUCCUUGAACUCAGAUCUGGAAGGAGGGAACAUGAACAUUAUCCAGAAUGUGCUUCAUACUAGCUCAGCUGAUGGCCAAGAUUGCUCUCACUGCUUAUCCGAAGUGGAUAGAAGUGCUACACUUUCUGGUAUGGAAGAAACCAUAAUCAACUCUUCCAAUUUAAAUGACUCGCAGCAAGAUGCAAUUGUAAGCUGCAUUGGUCUGAGUGAAUGCCAACAUCAAAGUACUGUCAAACUAAUUUGGGGCCCUCCGGGGACUGGCAAAACAAAGAUGAUUGGUUUAUUAUUGUUCUCUCUCCUUAAAUUGAAGUGCAGGACCCUUACAUGCGCUCCAACCAAUAUUGCUGUGUUGGAAGUAACAUCGAGACUCCUAAGGCUAGUUACAGACUCUCGUGAAGAUGACACUUACGGACUUGGAGAUAUAAUUCUAUUUGGGAAUGGGAAGCGAAUGAAGAUCUCUGAGAAUGAUGAUCUUGAAGAUAUAUUUCUUGGCCAUCGUGUUAAAGUACUUGAAUAUUGCUUUAGCCCGUCGAAUGGGUGGAAGCACACUGUAGGCUCAUUGAUAAAUUUGCUUGAAGAUCCUGAGAAUCAGUACCGCCGGUACUUGGAAAAUAUGGAGAAAAAAAAUGAGGAGGGAGAGAGAGAGGAUCAGGAAGAUGAAAUGCUUGAAAUUGAAGAGAUAAACAACAAGAAAGAGAAAGAUGAAGUGGUCAAUGAUCAAAACAAAAAGGGCAGGAACAGAGUUCUUCUUCAGGCCUUGAAAGAUGACAUGAAAAAGGAAAAACAAAAACAAAAACAAAAGGUUUUUUCUCAUCAAGAGAAUCUAACAAAGUGUGAGGAAAAGGAAUAUAAAGAUGGAAAGGUAAAUAAGGAAGAUAUUCUCUCUUUCGAGGAAUUCGUAAAGGAAUGGUUCAAAUUCCUUAGUGCGAAGUUGGAUAUUUUAAUUGCAGGUUUAUAUACGCACUUGCCAACAUCUAUCAUUUCAUUAGAAGUGGUGAAGAGCAUGACCAGAGCUGUUGAUUCACUCAGCUACCUCAAACCCUUGUUGUAUAGUGUUAGUGUUGGAGAUGAAGGUUUAAAACAAGUCCUCAACGAUUUUGAAAAUGAAGGAAGCAGCGCUGGUCAAUUUUCCCGGUUGUCCUUUAUGAGAAACCAUUGUAUUCAGACCCUGAAUUCACUUCCUCGAGAAUUUGACAUUCCCAAUAUUUUUGAAGUUGAAAGUAAAGCAGCCAGAAACUUUUGCUUGGGAAAUGCGUGUCUGGUUUUCUGUACUGCUUCAAGCUCUGCCAAGUUGCACACAGAAGGAGUGACACCGAUAAAAUUGUUGGUUAUUGAUGAAGCUGCCCAGCUUAAAGAAUGUGAAUCGACUAUUCCAUUGCAACUUUCUGGUCUUCGCCAUGCCAUUCUUAUAGGUGACGAGCGCCAACUUCCUGCCAUGGUUCAAAGCAAGAUUUCCGAGGAAUCUGAAUUCGGGAGGAGUUUGUUUGAGAGAUUGGUAAUACUGGAACACGAGAAACACCUUCUGAAUACGCAGUAUAGGAUGCACCCAUCUAUAAGCUUAUUCCCAAAUAAAGAGUUCUAUGAUAUGCUAAUUCAGGAUGCUUCAAAUGUCAAAGAAAGAAAUUAUCAGAAACAAUUCCUUCAAGGCAAUAUGUAUGGCCCUUACUCAUUUAUUAAUGUAGCCAAUGGGAAAGAGCAAUCCAAUGACGGCCGCAGCAAGAAAAAUUUGGUCGAGGUUGCUGUAGUUUCAGCAAUAGUUGCAAGCCUUUUUGAAGAAUUUAAAAUGGCAAGAAAGAGGAUGAGCAUAGGAGUCAUAUCACCAUACAAUGCUCAAGUGUAUGCAAUUCAACAAAAAAUUGGAAAUACUUACAGUACAUUUAGUGACUUUGCUGUAAAUGUUCGGUCUGUCGAUGGAUUUCAAGGCAGCGAGGAGGAUGUUAUCAUUAUCUCCACAGUCAGAUGCAAUGCAAGUGGAUCAGUGGGUUUUCUUUCCAAUCGCCAAAGGGCAAAUGUUGCGCUGACCCGUGCACGGUACUGCCUCUGGAUACUGGGAAAUGGAGCAACUCUUGUCAACAGUGGCUCUAUUUGGAAGAAAUUGGUUAGUGACGCGAAGGAACGAGGGUGUUUCUACAAUGCUGAUGAGGAUAAAAGCUUAUCCAAGGCAAUAAUGGAUGCCUUGUUAGAGUUGGACCAACUUGAUGAUUUGUUGAAUGUCAAUUUUCUACUGUUCAGAAAUGCAAGAUGGAAGUUUUGCUUCAGUGAAAACUUUCGGAAAUCUAUUAUGAAAGUGGGAAAUGAGGCUCGUCAGGAAGUGAUUUCUUUGUUGGCAAAGCUUUCAAGUGGCUGGCGUCAAUCUCCUGAAGAGAGAAACAUCAUUGUCCUACACGGAACUUCUUCUGAACUGUUAGAAAAUUACAGAGUCAAUGACCGGCUCAGUCUCAUUUGGACAGUGGAUAUAAUCAAGGAAAACAAAAACGACACUCAAAUUCUUAAGGUUUGGGAUGUUUUAUCAUUACAUGAUUUACCGAAACUAGCAAGGAGCCUCGAUGCUGUCGUUGGAAAUUAUACAGUGAAUAAGAUGAACCGCUGCAGACACAAAUGCACAGAAGGGGAUGUGGUUGUUCCAAUGAGAUGGUCAAUAAGUUCCGGUGCCUCUCUGGAGAGUAGUAAUCCUGAAAUCGAUCCUGCAGAAUUUCUGUCACAACCAUUAGCUUCACUUGUUAUCAGGGAUGAAUCAGAAGCACCAGCAGCAACUAGUAGACAGCCCUGGAGGUCUAAGAAAGAUGGAUUUAGCAGUGGAACAAGGGGAUCAAAACCUAGGCGGCGAAGGACAAAUGAUAAUUAAUGUGGUUGCUCUACAAGCUCUUGAAUGGAAGUUGCAGCUGUCUGACUGAAGAAUGAAGUGCUCCCUACUUGUUGCAUAGUGUUGAAUUCAUGUCUCAGAAGCUGUUGACGAAGAAGCUGCUGAUGAAGAAGCAGCUGAUGUGGAAUCUGCUGAUGUGGAAGCUGAUAUGAGUUUUAGCUUUAAUAAAACACUAGCUAUUUGAAUUUGUUAAUUUAUGUUAGGAUUGAUAUAAUCCUUUUGUUUAGUCAUUAUCCUUUGAAUUCUGUUACGUAACAGCAGGAGAUAAUGUUGCUGUUACUUGCCUUUAAAGCUUUACUUUUCAAUAUUUUUCAUUAAGCCUGUAUGAUCAAUAAAACAGUGAAGUUAAACAAGAAGUCGAUAUUUGUUCUCUUUUGCAUUUUCA